GAUGACGUAUUUCCGGCUGUCUUGGGAUUGGCUGGAGGACUGGCCGGGUGAGCAGGCGCUGUGGGUGUGUGUGGAGGUUCUUGCCCGUGGCCGGCGUGGGGCCCUUUGGAGCGUGAAGGGUAACCACGUGGAAAGCGAGGAACGGAUUGAGAAGAGCAGCAUGUCAUUUCGAGGAAGAGGUGGUGGUAAUCGUGGUGGUGGAUUCAAUCGAGGUGGUGGUGGUUUCAAUAGAGGUGGCCGGGGUGGCGGAAGAGGUGGAUUUGGCCGUGGUGGAGGACGAGGAGGCUUCAACAGAGGAUACGACCAGGGACCCCCAGAAAGUGUAGUCAUCGUGGGAGAGUUCAUGCACCCUUGUGAAGAUGACAUUGUUUGCAAAUGUACCACUCAAGAAAACAAAGUACCUUAUUUCAAUGCACCAGUUUAUUUAGAAAAUAAAGAGCAAAUUGGAAAAAUAGAUGAAAUAUUUGGGCAGUUGAGAGACUUUUAUUUUUCAGUCAAACUAUCAGAAAAUAUGAAAGCCUCCUCGUUUAAAAAACUACAGAAGUUUUAUAUCGAUCCGGCAAAAUUGCUCCCUCUUCAGAGGUUUUUGCCAAGGCCUCCAGGUGAGAAAGGACCUCCAAGAGGUGGUAGAGGAGGGCGUGGAGGAAGAGGAGGCGGCAGAGGUGGCAGAGGUGGUGGCGGCAGAGGUGGAGGUGGUUUCAGGGGUGGCAGAGGUGGUGGAGGGUUCAGAGGAGGACGAGGCGGUGGAGGUGGUGGUCGGGGGUUUAGGGGCAGAGGACAUUAAGUGAAGCUCUUGGAAACACAGUGUAUGCUUUCAUCUACAAAUAUGAGAAGAUUUUUUUAACUUGACAGUACUGGAAAAUGGAUGGUUUGAAUACUUGCCUAUCUAUGAUUCAUGGACUUCGUAUUCAAAUGGGACAGUUUAAGAAGAAGUACAAAUGCUUGUCUUGAAAUCUACCUGGAUCUCAGUCUUUAGAAAUUAAAUGGAAUGUUAUUUUGAAACAAGCAAUUUUUUUAAAAAACCUCAUAUUGAAGUUGGGAAAAAAAUUAAUCUCUGAUAGUUUAAAAGUUUGCUGGCUCGAAAUACCGCACACAGAUUUUUUUUGGGGGGGUGGGGUGUCUUUCCAUUUUGGUUUUUGUAAUUCUUAAAAUGGAUCCCAUGGGUCCAUGGAAGUGUAUGUAAAGAUAACAGGGUUAUCGACUAGAUUUAAUUUAAACCCAGAAAUUAAUGAUACACCCAUGUGGGAAAAAAAUGCUUUUAUCGCAAAACAGUGGAGUUGAAACUACACUUGUAGGUGUCCAAUAUGAAUUGGUGAGAUGUUUGUGUUUUUGUCCUGCAUUCAGAGCUAUGAUUUGAAUAGUGAGCUGUCAUGCACAGAAAUGUGCUGUCAUUACACAUUGUCAAAUAAACCAGAGAAAUUUUAUCUAGCAGUUAUUAUUCAGGAAUUUAAGAACAACUGAAAUCUCAUAUUGGUUGCAUCUGACUUGUGGGGGUGCUAUCUGUUUAGGAAGACUAUGGCAAGAGGCAGCUACUAAAUUUCUGUUAUUACCGAGGGAGGGGGCACUUAAUCUUGAAAAGCACAUGGAAUUUGUGUUUUUUAUAACGUGAAUAAAUCAGAGUUCAGAAGAGA